UAUUCCCAAAUAAAUAGCAUCUAAACAGGUGACUUACUUAGUAUUACUGAUAUUUCCCAAAAAAAAUACUCUUUGAUUUUCUCUCAAUCCAAAUGGAACCUCAAACUCCCCAAGAAUUUUCACAAAACUUGAACCAAGAAGUCCUCGAAAAUCCCACUCCAAACCCAAUUCACCAAAGAUUUCCCUACAAUUUCUGGGAUACCCUAAAACAAAACUUUAGUUUCAGGUCAAAAUGGGGGGAAUUAAAUGGUGCACUGGGAGAUUUAGGCACAUAUAUCCCAAUAGUCUUAGCACUAACAUUAGCAAGAAAUCUUGAUUUGGGCACCACUCUAAUCUUCACUGGGAUAUACAACAUAAUCACUGGAGCAAUCUACGGCGUACCGAUGCCAGUCCAACCUAUGAAAUCAAUCGCAGCUGUUGCAAUUGCUAACCCAGAUUUUGGAAUCCCAGAGAUUAUGGCAGCUGGUAUCUGUACUGCUGGGAUAUUGUUUGUUUUGGGUGUUACUCAAUUAAUGCAACUUGUUUAUUUGUUGAUUCCUUUAUCUGUUGUUAGAGGUAUUCAGCUUUCACAAGGUUUAGCAUUUGCAAUGGCUGCUGUAAAAUACAUAACAAAAGAGCAAGAUUUUGCUAAGUCAAAGAGUUUAGGAGAAAGACCUUGGUUAGGUUUUGAUGGUUUAUUGUUGGUUAUUGUGUGUGCUUCUUUGAUCAUUCUUGUUAAUGGAGCUGGAGAAGAGAGAGAAAAUGAUGGAUGUGAUUUGGAAUCCAACAAUAGUGGUUUGAGAAGAUUAAAGGGUUUUAGGAGGGUUUUAUAUUCUUUACCAAGUGCUGUUAUUAUCUUCUUUUUAGGGAUAAUUUUGGCAAUUGUUAGUGGACCUAAAGAAGUGUUUAAGGGUUUUAAAUUUGGACCCUCUCCUAUACACUUUAUAAACAUUCCUAAGGAGUCAUGGAAGCAAGGGUUUAUCAAGGGUACAAUUCCACAAUUGCCCUUGUCGGUAUUAAAUUCGGUUAUUGCCGUUUGUAAGCUGUCGUCGGACCUUUUUCCGGGGAAGGAUUUCUCGGCGACUUCGCUUUCUGUGACAGUAGGGAUGAUGAACUUAAUUGGGUGUUGGUUUGGUGCUGUACCAACUUGUCAUGGAGCUGGAGGUCUAGCUGGGCAAUAUAAGUUUGGAGGGAGGAGUGGGUGUUGUGUGGCAAUUUUAGGGUUGGGAAAAUUGGUAAUUGGCAUUGUAUUAGGGAGUUCAAUUGUGAAAAUAUUAGAUCAAUUUCCUGUUGGAGUUUUAGGGGUGUUAUUACUAUUUGCUGGCCUAGAGCUUGCUAUGGCUUGUAGGGAUAUGAACUCAAAAGGUGAUUCUUUUGUGAUGCUUUUAGUCACAGCUGUAUCUCUUGUAGGAAAAGGUGCAUCACUUGGAUUUUUAUGUGGGAUUAUAGCUCAUUUUCUUCUUAAGUUGAGGAUUUUGGAUAGGCCACAAUCUUUUCCUAGAUUAUGGAUGGAAAGUAACUCAUAAUUAAAGAUCAAAUUAUUGGUGAAGAUUCAAUGAUCCAUGGAAACUGUUGUUGGUUUAGUGAAGUUUUCUUUUUCUACUUGGACGAUAUUGCUAGAGCGAAUUAGGGACAUUAGUUACAAGCUAACAAUUUGUUACUUUCUUAUCUCUUGUCUUUUGGUUGCUUUCAAGUUUACCUAUUUUAGUAGCUUGGUGUAUGGCUACUGAAGCAUUUGUAAAAUACCUUAUCAUGGACUCUAUCAUAUAAUAUGUGAAAAUUACUCUUUGUUUCACAA